CGGUUCUCAAGCGCUCGACGUCCCUUGGCCUCUCGUGGCGUCAUGAAUUCUGAGGACCCAAGUCUAUCAAGCAUGUCUGAGGAGGAGCAGAAGGCAGGAGGUCAGGAACCAGAUAGAUCAAGAUCAAAAGAUCGAAAACACAAACACAGGAAGAAGCAUAAGAGACAUUCUCACAAGCAUAAACAUAGGCACAAGUCUUCAUCCAGAAAAGAAAGGAAGCACAAAAAACAUCGCUCCAAACAUAGACACAAGGACUCCGAGAGUGAGAGUUCUGCAUCAGAAGACGGAAGCGAUCUGCAACUCGUGGAUGAACUUCUAGAGUCUGGACUGGAAGCGGUGAAUAACCCUGGAACGCAGCCUCGCGAAAGGGGAAGAGAUGUAGAAAUUCUGAGAGCUUCGGCUGGGAACGGCAUUGUAGAGUCCAUGAAGAUUGUAGUCAAUAAUCAUAAUGGCAGUAAAGAGGAACCAGUAACUGUUUCAAGUAGUGAAGAAGAUGUAGUGCAGGCAAGUGAAGAUAACUCAAGAGAAGAAUCAAGAAAGGCUGAAGAGUUUUGCCUAGAUUCUUCAGAUUUUCUCCACAUCGAUGAAGACCUAAACUUAGAAGAGCUUAUGAAGCAGAAGGCAGCACUACAGGCUUGCUUAGGAGCUUAUAUGAGUGAUGUAGAGGAAGAGGAGGAGCCAAAGCAAGUGCCAGCAGUUGCAGUUGAAAAGCCAGAAUGUGACGUUGUGACAAUUGAAGAUUCAGACGAUGGCCAGUCCAAGAAAAAGGAGAAACGGAGGGAGAAGGAGUCCAGGCCCAAAAAGCGGAAAAGAAGCAGGUCCAGAGGUGAAGUGGAAGAGAAGGAGAAGAAGUCUCGCAGGGAGAAGGAGCGAAGGGACAAGGAGAGGAGAGAAGAGUCGGGCUCACGCAGAGAUGCCGUCUCCACAAAGGACCGGGAGAAGUCUGCUUCAUCCCAUGAGAGGUCCCGGUCAAGAGCUGAAGAGAGGGAACGGCUUGACCGCAGUCGUGAGAGAAGCCGUGAGAGAAGAGAGAAGGAGAGGCAGAUGCGAGAAAAGGAACGGGAGCAGAGAGAAAGAGAAUGGAAAGAGAGAGAAGAACGCAGAAAGAGAGAAUGGGAAAAGAGGAUGGAGGAAAGGAAAGAACGUGAGAGGCUACGUGAAGAAAGACUGAAAGAGAGAGCAGACAGCAGAGACAAAGACCGAGAUCGACGCAGAGAUGACAGCUAUAAGGACAGAGAGAGGGACAGAGACCGAAGCAGGCAAGAUGUUGACUACGGUAGAACUAGAGAAAUUGAUCGUGAAAGAGAAAGACAGAAAGAGCUUAUAUUUGGUAAGGCUCGGGAAUCUUCAUCAGAAUCAGAAGGAGGAGAUAUUGACUUUGAUGAAGAUGAAGAGGAAGAGGAGCAAAAGAUUGAGCGCAUGAGAAAGCAGCGAGAAGAACUGUAUAAAAAAUUGGGUGUUGAUCGAGAUUCCACUCAAGUAACACCAGCCAGCAGUGAAGUGCCAUCUCUCACCAACACGCCUCAUGACUCACCCGCCCCACAAUCAAGACCGGAAUCACAAAUGAAAAGUGAAGGUGCUACCUCUCCCAAAGAACCAAAGUCUCGCUCAGGAUCCCCACCCUCCAGAGGCUCCAGUUGUGACAGCAGCUCUAGGAGGAGGAGAAGCAGGAGUGGAAGCAGCAGGAGGAGGAGCAGAAGUCCCAGUACCAGUAGGCAUAGCAGUAGAAGUAGUGAAGAUAAAGAGAACAAGAAAGACAUGGAGAAUGAGGACACACAGGAUGAAAGCACCAUGAAUGAGCAGGAGAACAGUGAACAUGGGGUUCCUGAGAAAGACCGGAAGAACAAGGACAUGUUCUCGGAUAUGUUUGGAGACAACUUUGCUGUCGACAAGCUGGGAGACAUCCACACUGGUAGCACAGAAAAUCCAAACUUGAUGGAUAACUGGGAUGAUGCAGAGGGAUACUACAGGGUGCGAAUUGGUGAAGUACUUGAUUCCAGAUAUACAGUUUAUGGUUAUACUGGACAAGGUGUGUUCAGUAAUGUGGUAAGAGGCAGAGAUGCUGCAAGAGCUGGCCAAGAUGUAGCUAUCAAGAUUAUCAGAAAUAAUGAAAUUAUGCACAAGACUGGCAAGCGGGAAUUGAACAUUUUAAAAACAUUAAAUGAUGCUGAUCCAGAUGACAAAUACCAUUGUCUUCGACUGUACAGACAUUUCUUCCACAAGAAUCAUUUGUGUAUGGUGUUCGAGCCUCUAUCCAUGUCACUGAGAGAG